AUGAUCAUAAGGCAACACAUGGAAGCACAAAGCAACACUUCCUCUAUCUUGGUCCCUGACUUCCUCCUCAUCUGCUUUCCCAACUACCAGACAUGGCAGCACUGGCUGUCCCUACCCCUCAGUCUCCUCUUCCUCCUGGCCAUGGGGGCCAAUGCCACCCUUCUCAUCACCAUCAGGAUGGAGGCCUCUCUGCAUGAACCCAUGUACUACUUGCUCAGCCUUCUAUCCAUGCUGGACAUUGUGCUCUGCCUCACUGUCAUACCUAAAGUCCUGGCCAUCUUCUGGUUUGACAAUAAAUCUAUCAGCUUUUCUUCCUGCUUCCUCCAGAUGUUUGUCAUGAACAGUUUCCUGACAAUGGAGUCCUGCACCUUCAUGGUCAUGGCCUACGACCGCUAUGUGGCCAUCUGUAAACCUCUGCAGUACCCGUCCAUCAUCACUGACCAGUUUGUGGUUAGAGCUGCCAUCUUUGUAGCAACCAGAAAUGGGAUUCUUACUAUGCCUAUCCCCAUACUUUCUUCCCAACUGAGAUAUUGUGCAAGGAUUAUCAGGAACUGCAUCUGCACUAACAUGUCUGUAUCCAAACUCUCUUGUGAUGACAUCACUUUUAAUAAACUCUACCAGUUUGUCAUAGGUUGGACCCUGCUGGGUUCUGACCUCAUCCUCAUUGUCCUAUCUUAUUCUUUCAUUCUGAAGGCUGUGCUCAGGAUCAAAGCAGAGGGAGCUGUGGCCAAAGCCCUGAGCACAUUUUGUCAGUCUCACAUUUUCAAGAUUCGGGCAUCUGAGCUGCUAUUUUCAGACCUACCUGCCAUCAUGGUUUCAUCUCCCAACAACACAGGGAUUCAGGUGACAGAGUUUCUGAUGAUCUGCUUUCCAGGGAUGCAGGACACACAGCACUGGUUAUCCAUCAUCUUGGCUCCCCUCCUGGUUUUGGCUCUUGCAGCCAACUUUGUGCUGUUAUUCACCAUCUAUCAGGAGGCAUCUCUCCAUGAGCCCAUGUACUAUCUGCUUGCCAUCCUCUCUGUGCUUGAUGUCAUCCUCUGCCUCACAGUCAUCCCCAAGGUCAGACCUUCCCAGGCCACUCACUUUUCACCUUCAGCUAGGUAG